AGCCGGUCACCGCUGCAGGAACUGCCCUACAUGGGCCGCACCCUGAAGAAGCUGGUGCGGGACCUGCUGGAGGUGUGCCAGGUGCUCUCCCAGAACACCUUCAUGCCAGAGCUGCACCCGGCCACCCAGAAGCAGGGCACCCUCGAGUCCUGGAGUGACCUGGGGCACCAGAUCAUCUACCAGCUGGUCGUCUUCCUCAGGCCACCCCCCAGGCACUCUUUCCAGCUGCAGCCGCCCGGCGGCAGGCAUGUGCCAGAGAGGUGCUCCAACAUCCGGGUGGUGCUGGAGUGCUCGUGCUCCAGCACGACGGGGGAGACGUCGUGCUUUGUCCACCCCACGCACGACGCUCAGCCCUCGCGCCUGCUACGCACCCUCUGCACGGGCUCCCACUUGGAGGUGGAGAAAACCGCCGGCUGGGUGCAGAGCUUGGUGGAAGCAGCCUGGGAGCGUUCGCCCCAGUGGCACGACUGGAAGCUCCAGCUGCUGCCCUCCUCCCGCUCCUGCAGGCUCCUGCUGACCGGCCCCUGCCAGGUGCAGCUCUGCGCUGAGCUGCUCCUGGCAGUGCGGCAGGGCCGGCCAGGCAACUUCCUGGUGCUGGAAUAGGCACCUGCAGCUCUCCCACCUGCUGCUUUAGUCUGGGCUAGAGAUAGAGUAGGAUAGAGUAGGAUAGAGUAGGAUAAGAGUAGAGUAGGAUAGAUUAAGGGUGGGGUUAGAUUUUCCAAGGGCUGGUUUAGGCUGGGGUAGAGUUAGGCUUAGGAUGGCCUUAGGCUUGC